GAUUGCCAUGAGGAUAAGGAGAAGAGCUUAAAUAGAGAUGAAGCAACUCUAAAUCUCUUCCCAGAUUACUAUCCCCAGACCACAGUCGUCUUGUCCUCUCUAUACUUUAUCUUAACAAUAGCAUCACCAUGCCUUCUUUCAAAAUCCUCGCCGCCUCGCUUUUCCUAGCUGCAGGAACCAUCGCCAGCCCUGUCCAGUCUAGCGAUAUCAGCCUUGUUCCUCGGCAACAAUGCAGCGGCAUCGUAGGAACCAUAUACACUGGCACCGCGUGCUUUAACUUUUCCGGGGAGGAGGUUGGAGUAUGUGCCAACAGCAUUACGUGUCAAAACACGGACGAUCAGACCGGCACAGGUGGUAUCGGAUCGAUCGAGCUUUCAAGUAACGCCUGCGAGAUUAAGAUUUUCAGCGAGCCUGACUGCGGAAACCCGGACGCACCAUUUACCAUCUCACGUGGCAACAGUCCGGGCAACUGUUACCCAACCCCUUUCCGAGGACACUCGUUUUCUGUGGAGUGUUAG